AGAUUUAUCCAUUUAGACGUUCAAAGCCGCGUAGUUAUAAACUAGGUAGACAAAAAUACUUUGUUGUUUUCCUACCAUUAUUUUUGUUUUUUGUAUUUCCUCCUUUUCAUCUUCUAAAAAAUUGCCAUUGCUACACAGCGCGUAGGCUCGUGAAUUUGAUCCGCACUUUUUUUUCUUUUGCUUUACUCUCCCUCAUCACAACAGACAUACACAUACCCACACAUACACACACGCAAAGGCAUGACUCGCCCGUUCUGCGUGGUGCGCCGCCGCACGUUUCUGUGCGUGACGCUGCUUGUGCUUGUGCUGGCCAUCGCCCUCGCCUUUGUGCGGGCGCAGGAUGACGCCGCCGCCGCCGCCGCUGCGGGUGCCGCUGAUGCCGUCCAGCAGCAGCAACAGGAGCAGCAGGAGGAGUACGCGGCUCCGGUCACUACCGCAGAAGAAGUCGCACCGGUCAGCGAGGAGGAGAAGCCCCAAGCGAUGAUGGAAGAGGCACAGCCCUCGGCUGAAGCCCCAGAGAACGUCGCCAAUCCCAACGCCGAGGCGGAGGCGGCGGCACUGCGGCAGCAGCAACAGGCCGCAGCGGAGGAAGCAGAACGUCAGCGCCUGGCCGCAGCGGAGGAAGAGCGUCAACGCCUCGAGGCAGAAGAGCGCCAGCGCCGUGAGGCCGAAGAACGCCAGCGCCGCGAGGCCGAAGAGCGCCAGCGCCGUGAGGCCGAAGAACGCCAGCGCCGCGAGGCCGAAGAGCGCCAGCGCCGUGAGGCCGAAGAACGCCAGCGCCGCGAGGCCGAAGAACGCCAGCGCCGCGAGGCCGAAGAACGCCAGCGCCGCGAAGCCGAAGAACGCCAGCGCCGCGAAGCCGAAGAAGCAGCGGCCAGCCGUGCCGCAGAGGAGAAGGCGCAGCGCGAGAUCGACUCCGUUGACACGAUCCGCGACGCUGCGAAGGAGCUUCCGGAAGGCUGCGCCAAGGCGGUGGAGAAGUACCUCUUCCGGGUGCACGAGGAACGUCGCCAGCCCGCUUCGGCCGUCAGCGAGGCCCGCGCUACGCUGAACGAGGCUCGCGUGAGCGCGCCCAAGAAGGUCGUGAGCCUCGAGAGGAAGCUGGCCUCUGCGCAGGACGCGUUGCUGCGGUACGAUGUGCAGACCCUACGUGCCUACGGCGGUAACGUUCCGAAGACCUGCAUUUCGGAGGGGCAGGCGUGGUACGACCGCCAGCCGGCCGUGGAGUCGGCGAGCACGUAUGUGCAGGCCUAUACGCACUUCUACCGCCUGAUGGCAGCGCACUUGUACACCAUGUACCGCACCGCCGAGGGCCUCGUGCACUACCUCAUGAACGCCUACACGCCCGCUGUCGCCUCCUUCACAACCACCUCCUCCGAGUACCAGAGCAAGGCGUGGGCGCUCUACGAGAAGCUUUUCCCUGCUAAGGGCAGCCGCCCCGAGAUGCCGACGGCGGAGUUGGCGAAGCAGGUCGCAACGAUGGUCAGCUACGCCGCCGUGCCCCUCGGUCUCGGCGUUGCCGCUGGCGUCGUGGCCGUUGUGGCCCUCCCGCCUGUCGCCGCUGGUGUGCUUGUCUAUGAAUUCCUGUAUAAGAUCUGGGCCGAGCUCUUCGUCUUCUACUACAUCUACGGCAUGAAGCUGCCGGAGGGUCUCGUGACGGCGGCGAAGACCACAGUGGAAAACGUGAAAGCCGGGGAGUGGGGCACGCUGGGCUCCCGCUCGGCCGACGCCUUCUUCGACCUCGUCAUCGACUCCGACAAGAUCUUCUACAACGGCAUCCUCGCUGUCUUUCUGAUGGUGCACAUCGUGGCGAUCGCGGCCAUUUUGGUGUGCGUGUGGUGCCGCUGCUGCGUGCCCGGUAUGCGCCGCCGCAAGGCGAAGGCGAGCCCGCUGCGCGGCAACAACAAGAACAGCAAGAGCAAAGGCGUGAAGGAGAAGACCACAGCGGAGAAGAAGAAAAACUAA